GUACAUGAGCGAUAACCAUGCUUUUGGGCGGCCGAUUCAAGAAGAUGGACGAGGAAUUGUCGAAACUAUGAGAACAGAAUCCGCCGCCAUUUCCAAUAAUUUUAAUGCGGUGAAUAGCGUUAACAAAUCUGUUGUACAACAUCUUGAUGAGCUUUCACAAAGUUUCGAUGAGAUUUUCACUUCAACAGACCACUCCGAUGUAACUCUUGUUCUCGACGAUGGAACUGAAUUUGCUGCCCAUCGUUUGAUCUUGGCUGUGAGAAGUAGCUUUUUUCGAGCUAUGCUCUAUACAGGUUUUCAAGAAAGCCAUCAACAGCUUGUGACUCUUCAGGAAACGAAUUCAGUAGCCUUCCGAGCUGUUCUUCGGUACAUGUACACAUCGAAAAUCGAUUUUGCCGGAGUGGAACUGGAUAUUUUGCUAGAAUAUCUCAGUCUGGCACAUCGUUAUGAUUUAAUUCAGCUUAUGACAGCAAUAAGCGAAUAUUUCAAGGAAAUUUUGAAGAAUGAGAACUUGUGUAGUAUUUUCAAUGCUGCAUACUUCUUUCAAUUCACUGAUCUUAUAGAUUAUUGCAUGCAAUAUUCUGAUAAACAUGCAGAUCAGCUUCUCGAAGAUCCCAGCUUCAACCGAUUAUCAGGAGAUAGUCUGAAGGAGCUUCUUGCGAGAGAUUCAUUUUUUGCAUUAGAAUUGAAGAUCUUCAAUGCGGUACGUUCAUGGCAUCAGAAUAAUCCAACAAUGAAAGAAGCAUCAAAAGUUUUGCUGGAAUUGGUCAGACUUCCCCUUAUAACACAAACCGAACUUCUUAAUUGUGUAAGACCAACUGGGUUGGUGUCAGCUGAUACUCUUCUGGAUGCUAUAGAAGUUCAAACACAAAGACCACACGAGAUUCCAUUCAGAGGAUGCAAAAGCCUCGACACGAAUAUAAUUCCACACUAUCCACACGCACAGCCAUUGUCACGAGAGCUCAGCAGUCGCUACACUAAUGACGAGAAUAUUAGUGUAUUUCAAAUUGAUCUCGGAAAACCAUUCAUUAUCAAUACAAUUAUGAUGGAUUUUAACUGGAAAAAUGAAGUUCAAGCAUUUACAUACCAAGUUCACGUUAGUAUGGAUAAUCGAGUUGAUGCUCAUUGGAAUCUAGUUGCUGAUUACUCGGAAUAUGAUUGUCGAGGAACACAAAGACUCUUCUUCACAGAUUCUGUUGUGCGGCAUAUUUUGAUCCGAGUCAACAAUUCAAUGUCGUGUAAACUGGAAGGAAGUCGAAUCGAAGCCAUGUUCUCUACCGAAACAAUGCCUGUCGAACCUGUGCACAAAGUCAUAGUUCCUCAUCGAAACAUCACAACGAUAGAAAAUCACGCACGGGUUGUUGAAGGAGUUUCUCGAUGUCGGAAUGCUCUUAUCAACGGGGAUUCCUCAUCCUACGACUGGGAUACUGGAUACACGUGUCAUCAAAUUGGAAGUGGUCUCAUCAUGAUUCAACUUGCUCAGCCCUACAUUAUAUCUUCAAUGCGAAUUUUGUUAUGGAAUUGUGAUGAUCGAUUCUACUCGUAUUAUGUUGCCGUAUCGAAGAAUCAAGACGAAUGGGUUACGAUUGUCGACCGCACCAAUGAAGAAUGUCAUGGAUGGCAAGAACUCAUAUUUGAUCCUCUUCCAGUUGUGUAUAUUCGACUUGUUGGUACCCGGAAUUCCAUAAACGAAGUCUUUCACGUUGUACAUCUCGAGGCUCCCUCAAACGUUCCAAUUGCCAUAAAAUAAAACCGGGUUACAGAAAUAUAUAUAAUGCAUUAUUUCACUUAAAUGUCUGAUGAAAAAUAAGUUAUUAAAUUUAUUGAAUAAAAAUGUUAAUAAUUUC